GACAUGCGGUCACACUGGUCAGCACGUGUACGAGAAUUGAAUAUAUUUGGUGUUUAUUUUCCUCAAAAUGGAUGUUGUCAAGGAAGUCUUAGCGAAACACCAAAAGGAAUUGGACAAAUACAAGCCCAUCACAGUAGAAAAGCACCUGGAAUGUCGCCUGGACGUGGGCACCCUGCUGAUCACAGAUCCCAACGACUUCGAUGACCGGGAACUGAGGGACAACAAGGAGGAGUACCUGGCUGCCUUGACCCGGGAGAACACUCAGCUGCUGGUAAACGCCAUCUGGGAGCUGCCCACAGAGCGCGUGGACGAGAGCAUUGUGGCCAAACUGCCGGAACCAACGACAGUGCUGCCCCGCCUCCGCAAGGUGCCUGGACCCCGGCCGCUUACCAAAUGGGAGAAGUUUGCUAAGGAGAAGGGCAUCACCAAGAAGAAGAAGGAGAAGAAGACCUACGACGAAACCAUGGAUAAAUGGGUGCCCACAUAUGGCUUUAAGCGUGCUGAGGCCGAGAAGGCCAAGGAUUGGGUCCUGGAGGUGCCACAGAACGUGGACCCCAACACGGACAUGUUCCAGAAGAAGGUCGACUUGCGCAACGAGAAGGUGGCCAAGAACGAAAUCCAGCGAAUGAGGAACAUUGUGCGGGCCAAAAAGGUCGAUAUGCCGCGCAGUGGUUACCUGGGACCAGAGGCUGCCUCCUCCAGUCAACUACUGACCGCCGUGACCGUGGCCAAGUCCUCCACUGCUUCCGUUGGCAAAUUCCAAAACAAACUGCCCAAGGAGAAGGAGGCACGUGGUCUGGGCAUCAAGGAGCUGAUUCCGGGCGGCAAACGAAAGCAGUCGCAUAUCACACAAACGCCCGAGAAGGAGGCCAACCUGGAUCUCAUCAAGAGCGUGCUGAACAAGAAGCCCAGGCUGGAUGUGGACAAGGCGAUAUCGAUGCAGAAGCACGACGAUCGCUUGGCACGCGAGGCAGAGGCUGAGAACCAACCAUCGAAAAAGGGCGGCAAAAAGGGCAAGGGCAAGGGCAGUCGCAAGGCGGUGGGCAAGAAGCCCAAGGGCAAUCGCGGCCAGCGGGCUCCCGGCAAGAAGGCCCAGGCCGGUCGCAAACGUCGCUAGGAAGGAAUUACACACUUGCCUUAGGACACUCUUUUUUAAUUAACAGAAAAAACACUUUACACUUAUGCUUAAUAAAUCUUAGCCAUAAGAAAAUCUA